AUGCAGGACAAAGAGUUCACCAUGCCCAAGUCGCUGUUCACAGCCUUGUCGGGCCGCGCUCGCGUCGACAAGCACGCGGAAUCGUCCUCAUCCAGCAAGGGCAAGCACCACAGCUCGAGCAAGACCAAAGCCAGCAAUAGCAGUCGUCGUCACCGAUUCGACGAUAAGUCGGGUCCACCGCCACCUCGCGGCUCGCUCACCGACGAGAAGCUCUCGUACCUCGACUGGCGUCUGAAACGCAUCAAUCACAUUCGUCAUAAAUCGGAGCGCACAUCGCAUUGCUGGAUUGACGGUCGGAACACAAUCGGACGCAACUCGAUCGACGUCUCGCCUUCGUGCCGGAGCCGCGAGCGAGCGUCCGUACCGGCGCCGGCACCAGCACCACGCGUUGUAGCGAUAGUCCCAGGCAGCAUAGCAGCCGUGAUCGCAUCGGAAAAAGCAGCGGGCCUCAAGGCACUGGAACAAGCCAUUGGAAGCGACAGCAUGCUUGCAUCCAUGCCUCGCCUCGCCAAGCGCGACUCGAGCUCAGGAUCCGAAAUGUCUGGCUCGUCGGACAGUCACGACUCAGAUGCGCCAGCAGCCGUGCUCGACGCAGCGUCAGACAAGGAUGUUGGUGCCAUCUACUUUUCCCGACCGCGACAGUCCUUUCUUGCCAACAUCGGCUCUCGCCUGAGCAAGAGCGGCAAGAAGCAAAACAACCUUGCUUGCAAAGCCGACGCGGCUUGUCAGCAGACAACAGCGCGAAGCCAUCGUUCGAUGGCUCGCAUCUGGCAUUCUUGA